AAGCGGCGCGAUGGAGGUGUCGGCGCUCGUCAGGAAGCUGGGUCAUGAGCUGGCAGAGAUAAGAGAACGCUCUCUGAAGACUCUUCUGUUUAAGCUGGAGCACGACUUGAUUUCCUAUGCUGACCUGGUCCAUGAGAAAAUGCUCUGCUGCAGUCUCCUGGAGUGGUUCAAUUUCCCAGUGGUGCCAAUAAAAGAGGAGGUACUCAGUUUCGUGCACAGCCUGAUCAAGCAUCCACCUGCUGCCCAGAGAAUGGUUGAGAUUGGUGCAGUGGAAUUUUUCUCUCAGCUUCGCCCCAAUGUGGACCCAAACUUGCAGGCCAUCAUCGAUGGGAUUGUGGAUGGACUCUUCUACCUUCCUUCUGGACUUCCUUCUGACUCUCUGCCAGCAGGUUAUCACACUCAGCCUUCAGCAGUUCUGCCUCAAGAGGAGUUACUCACUGGCUAUUUUUAUCAAGGUAGAAGUCAGCUGCCACAGUUAGAAGCACCUCCCAAAAGGACAGUUGUGAAAUGCUUGAAGUUUUCCACAUUUCCUUGGCUAACUCUGACUUCAACAGACAGACAUGUUCUUUCCUCAAAUGAAAGCUCUUUGAGAAGUAAUAACCCAAGUCUAAUCUGGAGCACAUGUGAGCUUCUUCAGGAUGUGAUUAUGCAAGAUUUUCCUGCUGAGAUCUUCCUCCAAAGACCAAAGAUUGUACAGAGCCUCUUGUCCCUGCUGAGCCUGGCUUUCGGCGGAGGGGGGAGGCAUCGAUUGGCCUUGCAGGCUGUAGCCUGCCUGCAGCAGCUGUGCCUUUUCCUGAGGAGGAGACUCAACUUCCACAGGGAUCCAAGUUUUAGUUCAGCAGAGCAAGCAGCAGCUUCCCAGAAUUCAUCUCUGACUUACUGCCAAGAAGCAAGAGGUCCUCCUCCUUCUCAGAACCCAUCCCCUGGAAGCAGCAGCCCUCGGCCCUCGGUGAUCGGGCGAACAGUUCAGCGACCUCGAGGGGAUGGGCAAGACUGGGAUGCAGCAUCUUCCAGUGGAAACAGCACUCAAGCAAAUGCAAACUCCAGAGUCUCUCUGCACUCCCCACUUGAUGUAGGACAUUUGGACCUCUCAGCUCUUGAAAAUGAGGACCCUUUGGAAUUACAGAUGAAGCAGCUUAGCCUGCCUCAGUUCUGUGUUGCCAUCUUGGAGAGUGCAAUACCUCUUCUAAGAACAGGCAGUAGGAGGGUGACAAUGGAAGCUCUGGAGUUGCUGGUGGAAGACAUGCUGCUUCUUGGGGAUGCUGUUUCUGACAGUGUUUGGGAAGAGGAGAGCCUCUUUGCCUUGGAACUGAAGGAGAAGCUGCUGCUGGUCUUGGGUCUGCUGGGAGAAACCAUUCUGUAUCACAGGAGCAACAUGAGUGCAGAGCAGCCCGAGGUGAUGUUGGUACACCACAGGAUGGCAUUUAACAGCAUUUCACUCUUCACUGUCAGACUGCUGCAGACCCUGCUGCCUGUGGAAAAGGCAAGUAAAGUCCCACAGAAGAGUUUGCUGAGUGCUUUAUUCCUUCUGUCCCUGGACCUGCCCUUCUCUGUGGAGUACCCAAGCGUUCAGGAGUCCGUCGCAGCCUACCUGGAGCAGAUGAGCACUGAGGACUACAGGCUUUACAAGCAAGCCUCAGAAGCUGCCUGUUCAAUGGAAUGCACCUGCAGCUUCAUGGCUGAAGUCCAGAAGAAGGGGCAGAAGAAUCUUUCUGAAUUGGUGGAGUUGGCAGAGGAGGCUUUGAGCAGCCUCCCCUACCAUCAGCACAUGCCUUUGCUUCAGGAAAGCAUCCACCUCUGCUCCAAUCUCUGGAGGUCUGCUGAGGCUAACUCAUUGCUCCAGGCUGAAGGUCAGAAGCUGCUUCUCCAUCUACUGUCUCAUCCUUUGCCAAAUAUAAAAGCUGAAGCCUAUAACUGCUGUUUGGAAGUGGUUAAGGACUGUUUAGGUGUUCAUAAUGUUGCCAAGCCUGGGUGUUCAGCCUGCCACGGAGUGCAUUUCCUUCUCCAGCCACAAGUGUUGUAUGAGGUCUGUGCCUUUGGCCUUCAGGAAGAGAAGAAUGAGGUGAACUCCACAGCCAAGGCCAUUCUGCUGCACCUGCUGCAGGGACGAUUGGUGAUGGAAGGGUUGACUUGGACCAAGUUUGUUGAGGCCCUCUGCCCUGUCCUGCCUGUUUUGCAGGGCUAUGCUGACACAAAAGAUGUGCUGGGUAAAUGCAUCCUUACCCUGAGUGAAACAGCCUCUGCCACGGGGGAGGGCGUUCUGCCUGCAGCUGCCAGGCUCAGGGCUGCUCUGCGUCUUCUCUUCUCCAAGAAGCAGCAGGUUCGUUACUCAGCUCUCCAGCAUUUAACAUCCCAUCUGCUGAGCGAGGAAGACGCAGACCUGAGGCACCCAGGGCUGCAGGGCAGCCUGCUCUCCUGCACUGCAGAUCUCUUUGUCCUGGAGAAAGCUGUUGAGCUAAAGCUGGAUGAGAAGACAGAGUCAGUAAUUAAGGCAGAGACUGUUGAGAAGCUUUGUGCCAUCCUGACUUCAGCUGCAGUGGACCCAGCCCUGCGCAGGUCUGCAGCUGCCCAGCUGGCUGUCAUUGUGGAAGAUCCCAAAAUGCAUGGCACUGUGAAAAAGUUGGGGGUGGUAGAGAAGGUUGUGGCUUACCUGAGGGAGUGCACAGACGUGGAUGGCUCGCUCAGGGAAGCCAUGGUGGUGCCCUGCCUGACUCUCCUACGCAAGCUGCUGUCUGCUGACCCGCUGCUUCGCCUGGCCCUGGCUCAGCACUCAGCUCUGCUGCUCUUACUCCUCAGAGUUUCUCUGCUGCUCCAAAACGAUGCUGCUGUUUUAACUGAAGCUGCGGUGCUGCUUUGCCUGCUGCUCUUUGAUGAAGCAGCCAGAACAGAAACAUGGGCUGCUGGCACAACCACUGCUGGUAGUGACCUCCCUGCCUUCAGCUUACCUCUUGCUGUUGUCAGAAGAUAUCAUCUCCCCAUCAGGAUCACUGCUCAUCAUGUUGUGAGCCCUAACACUGUUGUGGUGCCAUUGUCUUCAGAGUCCUUGGCUAUGAAACCUGUCUCAGAUAUGCUCAAGAUGGCUUGGAAUUUCUCCUGGUACCAUGGGAUUGAAAACCUACUGCAGCAGAGAAAUUCUCAGGAGGAAUCAGAAAUAUUUGUAGACUCACUGAGGCUAUCCUCAGAAGAUAUUCUUCUCCUCAGAGUAACUCACACCAGCUCUGGACUGCAGGACUGUCUUCAUUCCAUCAUUCAGGCAGCAUCCCACAGGGAUGUCCGAGCUGCGCUCACCAGGCUCAGCUUUUACGUGCUGAACGACAGACUUGCCCUCAAAGGCACUCCUGGGGCUUCUGGGCCCACUUGGAAGAGCUUUGCUUGGCAAAAAGCAAUGAGCAGGUUUCUGCAAGUGCUUCCAGCUUCUGCAGAGGAUGAGAAGCUUCUGGUAGAUGUCUUAAGGUUUUUAAACAAGUUUCUUAGAGAGCAGAGAUCAAAUCUGGAGGCAGAACAUCUGAAGUGGAUUUUGAAGUCCUUGGUUAAAAAGAAGCCAAAAUCCCUUUUAGACCUCCUGGUGCGACCGGAAUCUCAAGCAGGGGAUGAGGCAGAUGAAAUGCUGAGUGCUGUCAGGCAGCAGCUGGAUAAAGAACUGAUUCAUCUGUUUAACACACUCUUGGUUUGUUCCAUGGCAGUGACUGACAGGGAGGCCUCGGAGCUCGCAGGCGCCUUCAGGACGGAGCUGGCUCUGACGCUGCUGCAGUGCUUGAGGCUGACAGAUGCCCCCCAUUUUUAUGGGCUGCCUUCACUGGAGAGAACCUUAGGAGGAAUGGUUCAUGUCACUGCCCUUCCAGGCUGGAGCACCUACUCUGCUGCAGCUGAGCCUGCCACCAUUUGUGAGAAAUACUUAACAGCUCUUCUCGAGGUGAUCUCAUCCUUUUAUGUGGAGUGGGGAGGAAAUGCCAUGUCCUUCAUGGGGAAAGGAGUGACCAAGAGCACAGUGCUCUGCCUACUUCACUUAUCCCACGAGAUGAUGGCUCAAGCCAAGGGCAUGGAGUGGAUAUCCCUUUGGUCUCUGCCUUAUGAUAACAGUGAAGAACAAGCAGCUUCUCAGCUAGGUCUGGCAUGGCUGGUUCCUUUGUGGGUAGAUAGAGACCCUGAGGUGAGGUUCACAGCACUUGGAAUAGGAUCAGCUCUCACCUCCCUUGAAGCAGGAUGCCUUGCUUUAGCUGACAGCUGCCAGAACAUCUCAGGAGGGCUGUGGGGCACAGUGCUGAACAUCCUUCUGGACCAGGCUGAGUGCAGCAUGGUGCGCAGGGAGGCUGCUUUUAUUCUGCAGAACCUCCUUGUGAUUCCAAUCCCUCCAGAGGACAGCAGAGAAGGUCUUUGGCAAGGGCCCUGUGUGCAUGAUGAAGAAACUGGCCUCUCCCAGACUGGCAAGCCUGCCCUAAAGGCCCUCUUGUACCACUGCCAGUUCUAUGAACACAUCCAUCAGAUGGUGAAGCACUGCUACCUGGGGUGUUGCAUGUUUGAUUUGAGUGCAUCCAAGGAAGCCACCCUCACCACAGAGAAGGCUGCUGUAGCUGAUUUGGAUGAUUCUCUCAAUCUUUGGAAGGCUGCAUCCAGUCAGAGCCUUUCUUCACAUUCUCCAUCAACAGCUGAAACUGUGAUCCAAUCUGCAUCAGCAUCCCUGAGCAGUGUCUGUGACCUGCAGACAGCAGUGCCCAGAAACUCAGCCAGUUUUGUUCCUGACGCUGUCACCAACCGGCUGAUGGCACAAGGUCAAAGCAGCACAAGCACAGUGGAAUCUCCAAGCCAAGCUGCCUCUCCCAUGUCUGCUGCUCCACCCAAGCACUGUGCUGCUGUCACUCCUGCCCUUUUGUCAGCUGCUUGCAGCCUUCUGCACAAUCUGCUGCUCGUCACACCAGAAGAUGCUGGGAUUGCUCUGCGCCAGGCUCAUUUGCUAACAGCUCUCAGCAGUCUUGUGAGUGCUAAUCUGAUCGAGAGAUGUAUCUUGGACCUGAAGGCUCCAUUGGGUCAUCCCUGGCAUACAGAAGAUGUAAAAGCUCAGGUGGUGGCACUGCUUCAGUACCUCUCAGCUGUGGCCAGGCUGCUGGCAUGCUGUUUACUGGUGGACACUCAGCUGGUGCUCCAGGAUGAGCUGCUGAAGCCUCUCUUGGGAAACACCUUUGGCAUCCUCAGCAGUCGCUCCAAAGAUGGCUUAGAUGCUGAGUUAACAUCUGUGCUUCAUCAAACAUGGGUGGACUUCUUCAACCUUCUGGCUACCUUGUUGUGGCAGGGUGGCCAAACAGCUCUGCCAGCUGUGACAGCAACCUUUGCAAACCAUUGCACAGCUAUAAUUGAUACCAUUUGUGACUGCAUUCGUCUGUCAGCCACGAAUCCUUCUCUGUACACAGCAAGUUUGCAGUUCCUCUCUGCCCUUCUGAAUGAGGAAGGGAGAAGGCAGCUCCAAGAGAAGCAGAGCAUCCAGAACCCAACUCUCAGCUUCCUGCUGGAUCACGUUGAAGGAUGCCAGGCCUCAGUAACUCAGCUCACAGCGUUGAUUAUUCAGGUCUGUGAAAGAAAAUCAUCCAAGGAUGUGCUGAAGGAAGUUGGUACCAAGGCACUGCUGUCUUUGUUGGCUGUCAGCAGAACUGCUCAGCAGUGUGCUCUGGAAGCUGACCUGAUAGACAGCUGCAUAGAAAACAUGAAACACCUCCAUGCACAGCUGAAUUUGGAUGCCCUAAAGGCUGGCAAAGCACAGAAGAAAAAGGAGGAUAACCUCAUCAAGCAGCUGAGGUGUUCUAUGCAGCUGCUCAGAAACUGCCUCUUCCAAAAUGAAGGCUGCAAGGUGGCAGCACUCAAAGCUCAUCUGGUUCCUGUUGUGCAGUCUCUGUGGCCCUGGUUCCUAACAGAUGACUCCUCCAUGCAAACUGCUCUGCAUUUGCUUUGUGUCUACACUGCAAACUGUCCUGCAGGCUGUGCUUCACUUUGUUGGGCCAGUGGUGGGCAAUCCUCACUUCCCUCUGCGCGAGGAGCAGCUGGCAGCUCCUUAAUGCAUGGCCUCUUGAAACUGGCUGCACAAGAGGCAACUGACAGCAGCCCAGUCCAGCAGGUGCUCUUUGCUCUUCUUUCUAACCUGGCAGUGUCUCAUGACUGCAGAGGCAUCAUUCAGAAGAGCAACUUCCUGCAGAACUUUUCUUCUUCCUUACCAAAAGGAAGUCACAAAGGUCCCAGUACUGUGUCUACUCUUUGGCUGAAGCUGCUGCUGAGCCUCUCUGCUGCAGAUGAUGGGCAGCAAAUGCUGAUGAAGGUAAAUGGCUUCCUGGAGCAGAUCGUGGAGCUGUGCAAGCACAAGCACAGGAGCAGCCAGCAGCUGGCACUUCUGAUUCUGCACAACGUCUGCUUCAGUCCACCCAACAAGCCAAAGAUCCUGGCCAGUGAUGAAGCAGUUUCAGUGCUGGUUGCCUGUCUGGAAGGUGAGAGUCCUGCUGUUCAGAGGAUAGGAGCAGCUUCCCUUUGGGCUCUGCUUCACAACUGUCAGAAGGCAAAGGUGACUUUGAAGAACCCAUCCAUAAGGAGAAGAAUAGAUGAAGCCUAUUUCUCAGUGAAGAAAUCUACUCCACAGCCUGAAGAAGAUGAGCUACAGAACUACUACUUAAAAUGCCUGGAGAACGUUGUACAGCUUCUUGAUUCUUAACCAUCAGCAGAUGGCUUCUCAGGUUGGGACUGGACAGCUCCCAGCGGCAGCCUGAGCCUUCGAGAAAGCACUUGUGAUUCCUGGGGCAGUGGCAGCAGCAUUUGGGCUGUGGCAGAAGUUUCUGAAGCCUUUCAGGAGUAAGUUCAGCACUUGGAACCAAAGCAACAGCACUAAACGUGGUGCAGGCUAUGCACACUGUAAUCCCAGUGGGAAAUGGUAAUGCUGCUGCUAUGUGAAGUAAGUACACAGAGGGAGGAAUGUGCAGGGGGAGAGGAUGUGCAGAAGCAGGAGUGUGCCUUAGUUGUGCAUGGAAAUCGUUGCUGUGAGGUACUGGAAUUGCUGGUGGGGAUUGGUGUUAAUAAAGGGGCUGUGAAGUGAGCUGAGCCCCCA